AUGUCUGAUCCAACUCACUACACGGUGGGUUGGAUUUGCGCCUUAAGUACGGAAUAUGUUGCUGCGCAAGCUUUUCUGGACCAGAAGCAUAAAGGGCCGGAUUUUGUGUCCCCUGCUGAUAGUAACGACUAUAUUUUGGGAAGAAUGGGAAAGCAUAACGUCGUGAUUGCUGUCUUGCCCAAUGGAGAGUACGGUAUAUAUUCUGCCACCGGCGUCGCAAAAGAUAUGCUACACACCUUUACCAAUAUCAGAACCGGUCUGAUGGUUGGUAUUGCAGGUGGCGCGCCGACUCAGAAACAUGAUAUCCGCUUGGGAGACAUCGUGACAAUACAAGACCGAAGCUUUCAGACAACCGGUUUCUUGAACCAACCACCAGUGGUCCUACGAACAGCAGUGAGUGGACUCAAAUCCCACUAUGAGCUCGAAGGCCAUGGACUUAAAGAAGUCAUUGACAGCACUCUUGCGAAGAAACCAAAACUACAGAAGAAAUAUAAACGACCUGAUCGUGGUUCUGAUAUUCUUUUUCAAUCUACGGUUGUUCAUCUAAACGAUGAAGAGCAUUGCUCGGUGACUUGCGGCCGCAGUCCAACAAAUUUAGUUCCCCGGCUCGAACGGACUGAGGAUGAAGAUGCCCCAGCCAUUCACUAUGGCCAAAUUGCUUCGGCAAACCAAUUAUGA